UUAAUAUUACAGUGUGAUCCACAACCCAAUGAAAACAAUAGGAAAAAUGGUGUUACCAAGUGUUGGAAUACAAUUAUCUUCCUCAUUCCCAAUCCACAAAACACUUAGAACACCAAUUCACUUAAAACCUCCACUUUCAAAUUCAAUCACAAACAUGUCAUCAUCAUUCCCCCAAAACACAACAAACAGAAAACUUCCAAUUCUGUUAUUUGACAUCAUGGACACAAUUGUUCGUGACCCUUUCUAUAAAGACAUUCCUGCUUUCUUCCAAAUGGCUUUCAAUGAACUCAUUGAAUGUAAACAUCCAACCGCUUGGAUUGAAUUUGAAAAGGGUCUCAUUGAUGAGGGGGAGCUAGCAAGAAUUUUUUUUAAGGAUGGAAGGGAUUUUGAUUUGGAAGGUCUUAAAACUUGUAUGAGAAAUGGGUAUUCAUACAUAGAAGGAGUUGAACAAUUGCUUCUUUCCUUAAAGAAAAAUAACUUUGAGAUGCAUGCUUUUACUAACUAUCCUAUAUGGUACCAGUUGAUCGAAGACAAGUUAAAGUUAUCAAAAUAUUUAUCUUGGACGUUUUGUUCGUGCACACUUGGAAAGAGGAAACCAGAUACUGAAUUCUAUACGAAAGUUGUGAGGCAUCUUGAAGUUGAUCCGUCAUAUUGUAUUUUCAUAGAUGACAGGCUAAACAAUGUGGAGGCAGCAAUUGAAGUUGGAAUCAAAGGUGUACAUUUCAAGAAUGUAGAUUUAUUGCGCGAAGAACUGUCAUUGAUGGGGAUUGACAUUUCAACAGAUGAAGAUCAAUAGCUUUUUUUUUUUUCCUUUCUUUUUUUAAUUAAUUCUCAAUACACCAAUUUAUUUUACAUGGUGAAAAUGGGAUAAACGAAACUCUUAAUUGUAUAUUCAAUUCAUUCAUACCAUGUUACUUGAGUUUAUGGUGGAAAAGGGUGUAUACAGUAUACCAAACUUAGUUCUAUAUUCAGAGCUUAUACCAUGCUAUUGAGCUUUGUUAAAAUGACUUCCGAACAAAAAUGUGGGGAACUAAAGUUCAAAUUUA